AUGUGGCCGGCAUUGGCCAUACGACCGCGACUCGCAGCAGCGCCUUUGAGGAUACGUGCAGUUAAAAGCCAAUUCGUGCAGAGCCGCCGCAUCAGCGACGACAACAGCAUCUUAUUCAAGGGCAACGGCAAAAAGAAGAACGCAAUCGGCGACGGAAGCAGCUCCAGUGCCUUUGAAUCUUUGGUAUCGCCGAGGACGCUUUGGCUGGAGAACAAAAAGGCCAUUGUCACAGGUGGCAGCCGCGGUAUUGGUGAGGCCAUUGCUGAGCGGCUGGCCCAAGAAGGCGUGCGCUGCACCAUUAUCGGGCGCGAUGAAAUGGCCUUGAAAAAUGUCGUCAAGAACCUUGACUACUGGCGGGAGCAAGGAAAGUAUGCUAUGCCACCUCCCGAGAACACUGUCUCGCCAUCCACGGAGAGCAACUCAAGUUCUAGUGUGCAUUCUUAUGUCGUGGGCGAUGUGCAAGACGAAGAGAUGUGGCCCAAAUUAUUCGCAAACAAAGACGUCAGUAUCCUUGUCAACGCCGCUGGCGUGACACAUAACGCAUUAAUGUCGCGCAUCUCGCCCGAGGAUAUCCGCCGCGUGCUGGACACCAAUACGUAUGGUACCAUUUUGGGCUGCCGGGAGGCGAUGAUCCGGUGGCUGGGAAACCGGGGUAGUGACCGGGUGAUUCUCAACAUCAGCAGCUUGCUCGCUUUCCGGGGUGGCAUGGGCGCUGCGCCCUAUGCUGCAUCAAAGGCGAGUAUCAUUGGCCUCACACGUGCCCUUGUGGACGAGGGCAAGUCGCGGGGCAUUCGUGCCAAUGUCAUCGUUCCGGGCUACAUCGAGACCGAAAUGACAGAAUCGCCGAAGGACACCGGUCACAUAUAA